AUGACACGCAAGAUGAAACUGGCAUCUCACAAACGAUUGUUGACUGGUUCAAUUUUUGCAGAGAAGCUUGUGUAUUCUGGACUGAGAAGCAAAGCGAAAAGCUUGGUGGUCCAGGAUGCACAGUCAAGGAUUUUUGGAGGAUACGAGCGAGAAUCAAGAAAGAUUUUUAUUAUUCCAGUGCAGGAUCGGACGGAAGAUACACUUUUACAGUGUAUCAAAGAAUGCAUUUUACCGGGCACAACGGUGAUAUCAGAUUGUUGGAAGUCUUACAAUUGUUUAAACAGUGAAGGGUUCCAACAUCUGACAGUUAACCAUUCUUACAAUUUCGUUGAUCCUGAAACCGGGGCAUAUACCCAACAUAUUGAACGCGUUUGGAGAGAGGUUCGGGGAAAUAUCCCAAGAUAUGGGAUUAGGUCUGAUCACUUUAUAGUAUAUUUGUCCGAAUUUCUCUUUAAACGUGUUCAUAGCCGACUGGAACGUAUCGAAGUCUUUUUCGAUAUUAUUGCAGAGAUGUAUCCUCCAUUAAUCGAGGAUCUUUCCGAAAAGAAGCCAGGGACAUUCGGAGCAAGUACCAGUACUGCGUGAAAAACAUGUUUUUUAUGUAUCUUUGUACCGUUUUCUAUAUCGGUACCAUAAUAUUGUUUUAUUAAUAUUUAGCUCGUUAUCAUAUUUAUUAUACUAUAAUAUAUUGUAGAUGCUAAAACACCGUGUUGUAUUAAAAAGUCUAUUAAUUUGUUACAAUUGUUGAUUAAAAAAUUGGUAAUUAUUCAGUCAUACCGUCUAUCUCUAGCUA